CUACAUUUUCUACCACUUGCAAAGCACAGAGUCCUUGCUGCUUCAAAGACCCGUUCAUUUCAUAGGAAUUUCUUUUUUACGCAUAUUCUUUUAGUACAUUUUUAAUAGAAAAUGCCACCUAUUCUUCUUGGUAUUAUUGGAGGAAGCGGAUUUUACGAUCUUCCAGGCUUUGAAGUCAUUGACACAGUUAAUCCUGUUACACCUUGGGGAUAUGCUGCUUCUCCCAUUUCCAUCGCUCGUACUGCGUCUGGUUUUUUAAUCGCUUUUUUGGCUAGACACGGUGUUGGUCACACCUACACUCCUACGGAUGUUCCCGCUCGUGCCAAUAUAGCUGCUUUAAAGAGCCUCGGGGUUCACGCUAUCAUUUCUUUCAGUGCUGUAGGUUCUCUUCGCGAAGAAAUUCCUCCCGAAGAUUUCGUUCUUCCUAGUCAAAUUAUCGACCGUACACUUUGUGCUCGUCCGAACACAUUUUUUGAAUCUGGAUGUGUCGCUCACGUUAGUUUCGGUGACCCAUUUGAUCAGGAUCUGUAUGGAGUACUUAGCCAGUGCGGCUCGUCGCUUCAAAAUGGCGCCAAACUUCACUCUAGAACCAAGAAUAAUGACUUGACGGUAGUGUGCAUGGAGGGUCCUGCUUUCAGCACCCGUGCCGAAAGCAAUCUAUACAGAAGCUGGGGUGGUAGUGUCAUCAACAUGUCUGUCAUUCCUGAAGCCAAACUCGCUCGGGAAGCCGAAAUUUCCUACCAAAUGGUUUGCAUGGCUACUGACUAUGAUUGCUGGCGUUUCAAUGAAGAACCAGUCAAUGUCGAAACGGUUAUGCAACAUCUUGCCAACAACCGUGACAACGCCAAGCUUUUCUUAAUGGAAGCAAUCGACAAACUUGAAGGUCCACUCUUGGCUGGACUAAUUGGCAAAAACCUUCGCGAAACCGUUCAGACUGGCAUUCAAACCAAUUACAAACAUCGCGAUCUGAAUGUUCUUCGUAAAUUGCAAUUCCUUUUCCCAUCAUUGAAGGCAUUGCACUAAGAUAGGAUAUAUCCUUUACUGGAGUUCUUCAGGAAAAUAGCCAGUGAAAUCUUUAUCGUUCUACAAUAUUUCUCUUUAGAUUAUUAUGAUUAACUAUUCAGCUGUUUUCAUAAACGCACUGUUUCGUAGUUGAACACCAUUUUACCCCUUCGCAUAAGUAAACAUUCGUUGAAGGUUUAACCCUUAAUCAUUGUUAUAUUCUCAAAAUUUUCG